CUUCGCCAGACGCUGACUACAGCAGACACUCCUUUCGAUCAACUGCAGGCUUCCCACUCAGCCACUUCGUAUCGCGACAUGUUGCGAUCAUUGGUGCUCGCCACAGCAUUGCUGUGUCACUCGUUCACAGUAUUUGCAUCCGACCAUGGACACAAACAUCACAAGAUCUACCCGCGACAUCCUCUUGAGGAGGAUCACUGGACGGAGGAGGAGAAGUUGAGGAAGAGGGAAAUCUAUGCGCGCAAUAAGGAAGCUGCAGACAAAAAGGAGUCCACGAACUGGAUCGAGCCGGGUUAUGAAUAUCUGGAAUACAACAAUGAGUGCUUGAAGCACCACAACUACCACCGGAACAAUCAUAUGUGCUACGACCUAGUCUGGGACGACGCACUAGCCUACACAGCACAACUCGUCGCCGAAAGCUGCGUAUACGGUCACAACCUCGCAUACGACUACGGCCAAGCAGGACAGAACAUCGCAGCCGGAAUCCCAGCCUACAACGUCUCCGGCGUCAUCACAGAACUCUGGUACAAUGGCGAAUAUCCUUACUUCACUUACUACUACGGCCAGCCGCAGCCUGACUACACUUAUUUUGAACAAUGGGCCCACAUGACGCAGAUUGUUUGGUGUAGUACGACGAAUGUUGGGUGUGCGACGCAGUAUUGUCCGUAUCUGGCGAAUGCGGGGAGUGUGGAGGGGUAUUACACUGUUUGCAAUUAUAAGACGCCAGGAAAUGUCGAAGGACAGUAUGCGCAGAAUGUGUUUCCGCCGCAAGGAGCGCCUGAUAUUCAUUGGGAUCAGUGAGCGCUCGAAUGAUCCUUAUGCGCGUGUGCUGGAAGAAGAUCCACAAGCGAGUGGAGGAGCGGAUGAUACGGGGAUGGUACGAGUUGAGGAGGAGCUCGCAAAGAUCGAUGAACAAAGAUGGGAUCGCGAGAUUUGCUGGAGCAUCUAUGAGGCGCUGGGCUGGUGAAGAGAAGACAAGUGAAGCUUGACAACAAUAUAGACUCAAUACCGACGCUCUCAAAACCCCAAGCGUUGACAACGGC